ACCUUUUUACAAUUUGUAAAUCCACAUGCAUAUGCAUGGGAGCAGGCAGCAGUGCAUGCUUUCGUCGUUAUAUAUAGGGCCGGGAGAGGUUUAGGUUAGCGGACAAUUUAUACAGACGAGAAACGCAGGUGCAUGUAGCUAAGGUUAUAGCAGCAAAUAUACCCCCGGCCACUGUUGAUCAAGACGGUCUGACGGUGAAAACCAAUUGCCACACGCAGAGCAAGCUCCAUGGACGUCCAAGGGCCGCAGCAGGAGCAGGACCAAGUAGAAGAAGAAGAUGAUGAAUCCCUGAUAAUAACGGAGAUCCUAACAGCUGCUCUGCCCAAGUUGGUCGACACUAGCGUGGCGUGCCUGAUUUCGUGGGCCGGGGACGACAUCGUCGACCGCGGCCAUUAUUACGAACCAAGCACGGUCCGCAUCGGCCCAUUCCACCGCCAGGAUCCAUGUAAACGAUCAGCUGACAGGACGGAGCUGAAGAAGAAGCUGGUGCUCCGGGGCCUGCUCACCAGCAGCAAAGAAGAAGGGCGUCGAGAGGAGCUGAGGAGCCACCUGGAAGCCAUGGAGCGCAUGGAGGCCGACGCACGGCGCUGCUACAACAGGAGCUUCAGCUGGAUGACGAGCAAGGAGUUCGCCCGUAUGCUGCUGCUGGACGGCUGCUUCCUCUACUCGCGCUUCUCAGGGUUCGUCUCCGGAUCCGGCGACGACGACGACAUCGCCGUCGACCGCGACGUCAUGUUCCUCCUGGAGAACCAGAUACCCUUCUUCGUCCUGGAGAAGAUCCACCAGCGGUUCAACACUAGUACAUCUGGAAAUAAAGUCCUUGUUGAUAAGGUCACCAAGCGCGUCCAGCGAGUGCUCCAGCGCAGCAACUACAUCGCUCUCGCCAAUGUUAACGUGCCAUCGUCGCCUCCAUGCCAUCUUCUCCACCUGCUCCACAUGUACUUCACGCCUACAUCCUCCACUCUGGACUUGGAUUCUACUAGUUCCCCCAAACAGUCGACGGAGCCUCGUCCUCCUGCACUAGUGCGGCGCCAAGGCGACGGACAGCAUAGCAUUAGGGUCCCGGUUCGCUGGCGCACGGCCACGCAGUACCACGCGGCCGGCGUGAGGUUCGUCAAGCGGAAGCUCGGCGGCAAUGGCAACGGGGAGGCACGCUCCAUCCUGGACGUGGAUCUCAUAAAAGACCGGCUCCACGUCCCUUGCCUCACGGUGGACGCCAACACCUUGAGGUUACUGCGGAACAUGGUGGCCCUGGAGCAAAAGAGCCUGCAGCAGCAGAGGACCUCCCACGUCACGGCUUACUGCCUCUUCCUGUCGCAGCUGGCGAGCACGGAGGAGGACGUGGAGCUGCUCGUCUCAAAGGGCAUCAUCGUGCACCUGCUCCGCAGCAAUGGCGACGUCGCGGAAGGGCUCGCCGGGCUCUGCGACGGCGUCGUCAUCGACCCGGACGCCGGCAACGACUACCUCCUCAGGUCCAAGUAUGAGGCGCUCGAGAAGCUGAUCGUCGUCUGCUCCGGAUCCGGCGGGAGGAAGUCCAUGGCGUGGCUCCGGAGCCACAGCAAGUGCUUGCUGGUGGCGGCACUCGUCCUCCUCCUCUUCCUAUGGACGGCGCAGCAAUCCGUGUUUUCUGCGCUCAGAAAUUGCAAAUGCAGGUCUCCUUAAUCCGUGUUUUCUACUAAGUUUUAGGUCCCGUUUGUUUGGACUUCAGCUUCAGCUUUUGGUUAAACAGGAGAAGUGUUUUUGAAAUUGCUAGAAGCAACAAAAGUUGAAACAGAAGCCCAAAAGGCCUUAGUAAUUCGAUUAGUUGCAUUUCUGUUCCACGCUUAAUUUGAAUCUGAAAACCACUUAAUUUGGCACAAGGGGAGUAUAUAUAUAUUUUCUAGAAUGCUC